GCCCCACCACACCACACAGUGAACAACCAGGAGGGAGCAGCUAGACAUGCUGAGCAGACAGUGCAUGCUAUAGGUUUACCUGAGUUUACAGAAGAGUUAUGACGGGGAGCAUGUUUAAAACCAAUCCCGUCUUUUGUUAACUGAGAGGCAGUAAUCACAGAGUCAGUAGAAGAGAGAUAGUUGAGUUCGAGAGGAGCAGAGAGGAGGAGGUCUGACUCUGACAGUCAGUCACUGUGUGAGGGAAUGGCAGCUCCUCGGCCGAUAAAAGGCAUCCUGAAGAACAAGAACAGCGCUACAAACGUCAAAUCUCUGCCUGACGAAGAGGUACCGGGAGACAGUCCUGAACCAGCAGCCCCGGUCCUCUCUGAAGAUGACCCACAGAAGAAAUCCCAAAAAUGGGAUGAGAUGAACAUCCUGGCCACGUACCAUCCGGCUGACAAAGACUAUGGCCUGAUGAAGAUAGAUGAACCCAGCACACCUUACAACAGGAUGCUGGGGGACGACGAUGAUGAAGGGGCGCUGAGUGACUCGGACGGCCACAGUGGACUCGCAGCUGAUGACCUGGCGUCGAAACUGGUGGCAGCAGAGGGCGCUGAGCCUCGCUUCAUGAAGGAAGAAGAAGAAGAAGAGGAAGAGAGCAGCGAGGAGGAGGAAGAGGAGCUGACUCCUGAAGAACAAGCCAAAAAGUCGCAUUUUCAGAUGAUGAGGAAGAUGCACUACAACGAGGGCCUGAACAUCAAGCUGGCCCGACAGCUCAUUGCCAGCGAGCUAGAAGAAGACGAGGACGCAGAUGAAGAGAUGAGGGACGAAGAGGUGAAGGAGGAGACGGAGGAGGCGGAGGAGACGGAGGAGACGGAGGAGAUCAGUGUUGACCCGCCACAGGAAGCUGAUUCUCUGGACUCGUAGACGAGGCUUCUCUCCCACCUUCGGCCCUGCGUGUUGGCUUCAGAUCCAGACAGACAAUGCCGCUGCGCUCUGUGUUUUUAACGCUGGGCCUUUACAGCAGACACCGCUUCACCACUCGUAUAACAAACCUCAGCAGCCAAUAAAAACUCACGGUCAUCUGUCUGUCUCUACUAUUCCUUAGAACUGUACAAUAUAACCUUCAAACUCUCUGGUUCCUAACCACCAGAAAGAAUCAGUACAACACACAAGAAAAGACUGUUGCUCCCUCUUCCUCCUCUUCCUCUCUCCUGUUGCCAAGAAUUUCCCCUCCUACCUCCUCUGGACUGACAUAGCACUGAAGAAUAUGUAAUUCUGACCCCGAAAGGAGGAUCAAGGCCUUGUAAAAAAACAAACUGCUGGAUACCAGGACUCCCGUCUGGCUGCUCCACAGUCCUCUGCAGGCCACAGAGCCAGUACGUCAGCCCUGGAGGAAGCCAGGGGAAACCCCACGGCCUCACUAAGGGCAUAACUGAGACAUGACGACAGCGCUUAUACCGGGUGCUCUACAGAUGGCUUUUAUUUUUGUUUCGCUUUGUGACCCACCUCUCUGUUGCAUUUUCCAUCAGUACUUUUUGUGGUAAAAGUUGGACAACAUGAUGACCAGUUAGGUUCUUUAUUUUACCUGAUAAUUCAGGUAACCUAUUCAUAUUAGCAUAAUAGUGUUAUGAUAAUUUAGGAGCUAUAUAUUAGUCCUCUAAUAGGACAAGACAACAUGACCUACAUAAUCUAAAUUUUAUUAUUAAAAAACAUCCAGAUUUGACAUCAUACAACCAACAAUAUAUACUAUUUAUUGACAUGUAUGCUGUGGUGUCACACUUUCUGAAUGGCUUUUUGCUUAAGACCAAGUAAAACAACACAGAUUGUAAUUAUUAUAUUGGCACUUUGCUCAUUUUGCCCCCUUAUUUACGUUUUCUCUUUACGAGCAACACCACACCAAACCUCAUUUAAAGUUCUGGCAAUUACAAAAAAAACAUGUAUACCUCAUAGAACCAGACUCUAGGCCUUUUUUUCUAAAUUGAAUCCACUGAUUAAUCUGGCGUAUAGGUUGUCUACCAAGAGAAACUUUUUUCAGUAAAAACUCAGCAUUUAAAUUGAUUUGUAAAAGAUUGACGGAAAAGCUGGUAAUAAACAUUUCAGGAUUAUGGCCCCUGUGUUUUUCCUGGCCAUAGCAGUAAGGUAAUGAAAUUGGCACUUAACACAUUGUAUGUCUUUAGGAGGGACGGCGUUGUAGUCCCACGUCUGAGGUACAGCACGUGCUACUGAUAAACAGGACAGUGUCCCGUCUUUAACCAGUUACGUCUUUAAGCACCAGGCUCUUGUGUAGAUCUGACAAAAGAAGAAAACCAGCGCUCAUCAUGCUCUCGCUUAGAUGAUUUGUGUUGUUGACUUUUCAUUGCAUGGGAGCUUCACCAGACUGAGUACAUUUGUUUGAAGAUGGUACAAUCAUUUAAUGUGUGUUUGAUUUCUCACCCAGCUUCAUCACACUUUAUUUAAAGUUGUCUGAUCUACUUGAGUGUCUUGUACGACGCAGCUUGAGAAUGUCAAAGAAAGAGUUGUUAUUGAUGCUACUGACUUUAGUUAAAGCUGUGGAGUUAACCACUAAGGCUUAUUGGAGGAUUUUUGUAAUGUCUGGAGUUCCUACAAGUGUUGAAAGUUACUACGAGAAAGUCUUAAAUUGUUUGAUUUGACAAAUAUUGAGAAAAAAAACGUUCCUGGUGGUGUGAUCUAAAUGGCACUACUCCUGUCAGUUUCUGGGGAUUAUCCUGAGCUACAUACACUGUAUGACUUCACGAGACAGAGUCGAAUGAGAGAAAAGCACGUAGGAACCCUGAGUAUGUCUUGUGUUGUAAUCUCUUAAUUUUCUUCUGACCCUUUAAUUCCUCACUGUGAUUGAAAGUGUUGAGCUCUGUAUUAAGGAAAUAACAAAGAUCAUUAUACACCAACAGUAUGACUUCUGCAAACGUCCCUUUGCAGUUUAUUUUGUUCUUGUAGUUUAGCAUUUGGUGGCGUUUUCUCUCCAUGAUAAAGCAACUUCCUUUGGGCCAUUUCCACCAACCUACAAGCUCACAUCCGAGCUGUUAAUUAUCACAUCAUUACUGUAGAGGAAACAGGAAUAUGUCUGGAAAUACAGAUUUUUGACGAUGCUGUUUGUCUUCUGUUAUGUUCAUUGAAUUUGCGAACAGAUAGAAAAGACAAUUGCAGAGAAGCUGAGAUGAUCUGUUUAUGUUCUCGCUUAAGACAAAAGGACAAAAAAUCGUCCAAAACAUGACUGACAUGAUCACCCCGUACGUCGGUGGUUAUUACCUGUCAAAUGUGCCUCUUAUGUAUUUAUGUACAUGUGUGUAAAAUGAACAGGCUAUGCUCCCUGUUACUGUGUUUCUUUUUGCCUCACGUGUCCACUGUCUCGCUUUUUGUUUUUGCACCACUUCUGCCCCGUUUGUUUUCUGAGGAUGACAGACUGAUGAAGCACUGAGUGUCUGUCUCAAAAAUGACCUGGAUGUUAAAUCCAAUGCGUUUUUGUAAUUCCAGUUUGCAUGUCCUUAAUCAUCCGAUUGUGUGUAUUCUGUUUUGUUUUUGUCUCCUAUCAUUAAACAGAUGUUGUUAGGAACUAA